CAACGUCGGCCUGGAGCAGCUGCUGCAGGGCCCGGGGCGCCGGAAGAGGCCGUCCAGGCCGUGGCACAGCGGUACAGCCAAGAGGGGGCGAGUCAGGGCGAGGCCCGGUACCGAUGGGCCAUGGAACAAAUCCUGGGCGACUACUUCAUCGUGUGCCCAGUGGCCGAGAUGGCCCGGCGGGAGGUGGAGGCCGGCAACCCUGUGUACGUCUACUGCUUUGACCAGCGCCCCAGCUUCUUUCCUAUGCCCGAGUGGGCCGGGGUGCCGCAUGGCUCUGAGUUGCCCUACCAGUUUGGUACACUGGGGCUCCUGGAAGGCGCCAACCGCACACACACGGACGCGGAGGAAUUGUUCAUCCGCAAGGUGAUCGAGUACAACGCGGAGUUUGCCAGGAGCGGGUGAGGAAAUCCCCCAGAAUCCUCUUGUCCCUAGAGCCAGUCCAGGAGAGCCGCGGGCACCUUUUAGUCAGGCGAUCACGACUUGCAGGAAGAGCUGCCCCAAUGCUGCGGCAAAGGACGGGCGUGUUUGGAAAAUAGCUCAUCUUGUCAGUUGAAGCCCCUCUCCCAGAGCCAAAUUGCCAUCAGAAAACUCAAAUCCGAGCCCCCGCGGC